UGUUGAGCAACACUACUAAACGAGCAACUCUGUCGAGAACAGUAAACAAAAAUUUGUUAAUAAUUCUGCCCACAAUGGAUGAAAAAACACCAGAUGCGAAUGCAAACAAAUGCCGAGUGUGUUUAGAGGAAUGCGAGCAGAGCAAAAUGCGAGCACUCUUCACAAACGCGGCGAGUGAUGUGGUGGAAAGUGACGAUUACGAUAAUCAGCGAUUGAACCGUAAAAUUGAAUAUUGUUGCGGCGUCAGGAUACGCCGAUCAACGCAUUUGCCGUCCAAUGUGUGCGAAAGGUGUUUCGAUUUUGUGGCCAUGUGGUACAACUUCCGGCAGAUGUGCCUCAAUUCCCAAGUGUAUUUGGAGAGUGCGCAUCUGCAGGCGGCGAAGCCUGACGAGCUGGUCGACAGUGACAGUGCGUACAUGGAAUAUCUGUUUGAGACGCUCCAGCUGAACACUCAUCGCUGCGACUCCAACGACGACGAGGAGCAGGAGGAGGAGGAGGAUCUACAAUCGGCUGGCUCUGCGGAAAUUGAUGGUGAUUUUCAUGUCGACUACGAUGAGGAGGAGGCCAAUGGCUUUGUGACAGACAACGAGACGCAUGAUCGCUCCAAGCAACUGCUGCCCGAAAUGAUCAAUGAGCUGGGCGCUGCUUAUGAGGCGCAUGAAGCUGACGCGGCGGAUGCUAUCGAAGUCGAUCAGAGUCUGAUGUACGACGACGAUUGCCCGACUGCCGAAGAGGAAGAGGACAGCAUGGCACUCAAGGUGGAGCAUGGUGAUAUCGACUUUGUGGAGGACGACAACGAUGACUUCCUAUCGCCAACGCCAUCGCCAGAUCCCAAGCCAGACACAACGACCACCAAACGCAGGCCGGGACGCCCUCGCAAGCCUGACAACGAGCUCAAGUCGAAGCGAAAAAUCAAAGCCCAGAAGUACGCAAAAGUCGAGCAGCAAACCGAGGAAGAGUCCACAAAAUAUAUGUGCAACCUGUGUGGUAAUGUCUACCCCAAAAAGGCAGCAUUCAACGCACACAUGACGGCACACACCGACUACAAGCCGCACCAGUGCGAAAUCUGUUACAAAUCGUUUCGUCAAAUGGGCGAGCUGCGCGCCCACAUCCGACGCCAUACGGGGGAGCGACCGUAUAAGUGUCUGUAUUGUGAGCGGCAUUUCUACGAUCGCAGCGAGAAGGUUCGUCACGAGCGGGUGCACACGAAUACCCGGCCGUAUGAGUGCAAGGAGUGCGGCAAGACAUUCACGCACAUGGCCAUCCUCAAGAAUCACAGCCUGAUGCACUCGGGCGAGAAGAAUUUCAAUUGCGCCAUCUGCUUGAAAUCAUUCACGUUGCCCCAUCAGCUGAAGGCACAUCUGCAAACGUUGACGCACCGGAGCAAGGAGGAGCAGGCAUUUGCGAGCAGCUCCAGCAGCUACAUGCUGAGCCAGGAGCAAUUGUAAUAGAUUAAGCUAGGCUAGGCUAAAAAUCAAUUGUAAAUUAUAAGAGAAAUUUAUUAUCGGUAAAUUGUACAGCAAAAAAUAUGCAGCUACCA